UUCUGCUACAGUCAUGUGGCUCUUUGGUUUAGUAUUGUUGGGUCUGAGCAUCCUGUACAGAUGGUACAGGCAAAGUCAGGUAUUGGAGAAUCUCUCGGAUAAAUAUGUCUUCAUCACUGGAUGUGACACUGGAUUUGGAAACCUGCUGGCCAAGCAACUGGACAAACGUGGAAUGAAAGUUCUGGCAUCUUUUCUGACAGAAAAGGGGGCUGAGAACCUGAAGAAGGAGACAUCUAGUAGACUGCAGACCAUAAUCCUUGAUGUCACUGACAGUAAAAGCGUUAGAUUUGCUACCAAGUGGGUUUCUACUAUAGUCAAAGAUAAAGGCCUUUGGGGUCUGGUGAACAAUGCCGGCAUUGGUAUCCCAGGAGGGAUAAAUGAAUGGCUCACUACAGAUGAUUUUGUGAAGAUUCUGAAAGUAAAUCUACUGGGAGUAAUUGAUGUGACAAUUAAUAUGUUGCCGAUGAUACGGAAAGCACAAGGCCGUAUUGUGAAUGUCAGCAGUGUGGCUGGAAGACUAAGUAUUUGUGGUGGAGGAUAUUGCAUAUCAAAGCAUGGAAUAGAAUCCUUUUCAGACAGUCUUCGCCGUGAAAUGCUUCCAUUUGGAGUAAAGGUUACUAUCAUUGAACCUGGCUUUUUUAAAACUGAACUUACAAAUCCACAGUUACAAAAGGAAAGCAUUAAACGGACAUGGGAACAAGCAUCAGAAGAAGUCAAGGAAAGUUAUGGAGCAGAGUUUUUUAUGAAAAGUUAUGGCUAUAUGGACAGCGUGGAGUCAUUCUGCUCAACGAAGUUGUCCCUUGCCACAGACUGCAUGGAGCAUGCACUAACAGCAGUUCAUCCCUGGACACGUUAUUCUGCUGGAUGGGAUACCAAAUUAAUUCUGAUUCCACUCUCAUAUAUGCCUACAGUUAUCACAGACUACCUCCUAACCAAGGGACAGCCCAAACCAGCCCAAAAGGUUUCUUUUUCUGCAAAGUAAAAAUAAUAAAUGACUAACGUCUAUUUUAAU